AGAAAAACAAGAUGUUUUGUUCAUUUUUCAUAUAUAGAAGUGCUUUAUUCCUUUAAUUUAUGAAGUAUAAAUAUUGUUUUAUUUAACAAAAGUUUUGAUAAGUAAUUUAUCAAUAAAAUUUCUACAAAAAAGUGUCCUAAAAGAAGUAUAAUAAAGAUAAUUUAUUAUGUUACUUUCACAAGUACAACGCGACCGCAAGGCGGAUUUAAAAUAAAACAAAACAAGCGUAUUAUAGAUUUAUAGUUUAUAUUGGAAGUUAUGAGUCCAGAGUACCACUUACAUAGUUAUUACGUGCUCCUUAUGACCAUUAAUGUUACCUUAACACUAAUCGUAAUGUUAGCGGCGUGCCUAUGUUGCAAGAAAAAAUUACCAAAAAAUGACCUGCUCGGUCUUGAGGGUAUGGUCAAGCUGAAAAACCCCGAUGAAGUAAUUGUGGUUACGACACUAGGUGUUAGUGAGUCACAGGCCGAUCUAAAUUUAUCUACAAUCUCAAAUGCAGAUUCGGAGAAAAGAGCAAGCACCGCUGCACACCGCAGCUUACCGGAUAUACCCGUUGCUGAGGUUAAUGGCGAUAACGGGUCCGAACUAUACGAAACAGUCGCUGACAAAAGACAAUUGAAUGCACAAGACAGCCAGGACAAAAGUCCUUCUCCUAGUUUGAAAAAACUUGCCAGUGUUUCUCAACACAGUUCUAUAAGCCAAGCUGACGAUGUAAGUUCACCUUAUUCUCGUGUUAAAAACUCACCACAUGAUUACGCUAAAGUUCGUUCUACCGAACAUCCAUAUGCACAAUUAAAUGUUCCAUCAACUUCCGCAGUGGCACAAGCUGCUGCAACGAAUAACAGCCAAAAUUCUACAAAUACUGAAUCAGUAAAUCGAAAUUCACAUCACAGUGGUUCCUCGCUUAAUCUCAACGAUAACACAUCACAAGUUGAAAUACCAGCAGCAUCCGCAAUAGCCGGUAUGAUAUCAGCCAGCCAGGACUUACCAUAUAUGACACCACCAAUAGCAAGUCAACAUUUCAGUGGCGAUUCACAAGAUUCCUCAAAAGGCUAUACCAGUAUUAGUGUACGUGAACCAUUAGCUAAUAUACUAGCACAGCAACCAGCAAAGCCAGUAAAAAGAAAUGCACCACUAACAAAAGAUGUAAAUGAUUCCCAUUAUGCAACAGUAUCAGAUGAUUCAGAUGAAACUUAUGCUGCUAUUGAAGAUCCAAAUGGUCGUAUCAUACCCAAUCUUACGGCUGAUAUAUACACAAGCGGUUCAGAAACUUAUGCCCAAAUCCAACCAAUGCAAUCCAAUUCAAUUGUAGUUUCGGUAGAGAUAAAUAAUCUUAAUUCCAGCAAUUUAUCGUCCACAAGUCUAGGGACUAACUACAGUAGUUUUCAACAUAUAGAACAUAGUCCUAGUUCAGUUUCAACACAACAGAGUAUCAAUCACAAUAGACCGAUUUCUGAUCACGUAACACCCAUACCACCGCCCGUUGAUAGUUUACGUGCACAAAUGCACUCGAGGCAGGCCUCAUCAUCCUCUAAUAAUAGUUCAUCAAUGGGUAAUUUAGGUUCACCGAAACCCGAAAAGCGCCAAGCUAACUCUCCGCUACCACCUACACCAAAAUCAAAUUCUUCUCAACAACAAUUGCAUACGAUCAGUAAUAGUAAUCUAGCAUCUGGGCGUAGCUCUAUUAUAUCUGUAAUUGAGUGUGGUAUUUUAACAGAGAAUGCAGAACGACCAACAAAUGAUAAUUCACCACAGAAAAAAAGUAAAAGUCUUAGUCCCUCCAAAGAUAUUGAAGGCAUGUAUGCUAAGGUUAUGAAGAAAAAUAAAAUAACAAGAAAUUCUUCUUCAUCACAAAAUAAUUCACCCGUUUUAACUCGCAAGUACAAUGAAAAUAUUAAUGCAAUUGGUUUAAGCCCUCUCGAUGCAGCAGCUGAUGAACUAUUGGAAAGUAGUAGAAUAGCAUUUAAUUCGAUUAAUGAAAAAAAUCGAACACGUAGUAAUAGCUAUACUGCUAAAGAUCAUAGUUAUGAGACUAUACCUGCUGAUGCUAUGCGCGGUGCCGUCGGCAUAGAAAAUCGAAAAUCGGAUUGCUAUGCUAAUAUAUUGCAAAAGGAACGUCUGCAAGAAAGUGUUGAUCCAAAGGAAUCAAUGUCUUCAGUAAACAGUAAUACAAAUAGCCAAUUAAUUAACCGACUAGACAAACCACCGAUAAACUUAGACAGGGAACUUGCCUACCGAAAUGAAAAACAUUAUGAAACUAUUGCAGGACCUCAUUCAGGAAAUAAUGAUCCUGGUUAUGAAACUCUUAAUAAAUCUAAUAAUAAAAAUGAACCUGGACUCGAGAAAAAGUCAUCGGACUAUGAUCCCAACUAUGAAGUACUGAAAGAUCCAAAAUACUCUAAUAAAUCUGUAAAUUGUGCAGGUUUAUCAGAUGAUGGUUAUGCCAAAGUAUCGGAAAAGAAACUUAAAAUCGAUGAUGACACUAUUGAUGGUUAUAGCAAAGUACGUGGGGAAGAUUGUGAUGAUGGCACCAUUCCUGGUUAUAGUACCAUUGGAGAGCCAAAAAACAAUGAUACGAAUCAUAAUUAUGCCAGUAUUUUAGAAACAAAAGCCGAAGCAACUAUUAAUACACCUGAUACUGAAUCUGAUCAUUAUGCACAUAUAGCAGAAGCACAUACAUCAAAUUCAACGAGUUUACCUUUGAGUUCUUCAUCAACUACAUGCAAGUCGACAGAACAGGAUGAUAGCACAACUCUAACAACGCGCUUAUCUGAAAAUACUUUAACCUCUCCAACAUCAAUAAACUCUUCGUUUAUACUGCACAAUAGUUCUUCGACAAAUGUUACGAGAAGUACAAGCACUUUAAGUACACGUCAAACCCCAACAUCAUUAUCACAAUAUGAAUCUCUAACAGGCAGUGACACUGAUCCAAACUAUGAAUCAGUAUCUUACCUUAACACUAACAGAGAGAAUCCAUACGAGAGGCUACAAACAGACUAUUCAGAUACACAAUUAAGUAGUCCGGUGACACCUGAAGAUAAUAAAAAGCCAUCUCCCACUGGUGGAGAUUCGGCGAAUGGUACGAUCAAGACAAAAAGUAAUACAUCGACAUCAGACCUGAACGCAGAAGUUCUAGUCGAUGAUUAUUUUCAAGUAUAAAUUAAAUUAAAUUUAAGUAUUAAAUAAUUUUAAUAAGUUAAAAACUAU